AUGCUUGAUACUGGGGCCGUUUGGCGCUACCUCCGGCUGGUUCACCAAGGUUAUGAUGCGUACUCCAUUCCAUUGCGGUUGGAGCAGCUUCAUAGACAAUUAACAUUAAACAGUGGGAUUAUGACUGAGAAAAUGGGACGCCAGUAUAACUGCUUGCACAAACAGACGUACGAUAUUUGUCGGAAAGCGGAAGCAAGGUGGCAAAGGGUUACAAAUGGGGCUGUCCCGUGGUCUCCUCAGAUUCAAAACUUUUGGGACCGCCAAUCUCUCUGGAAGCUACUGCUGAAGGGAAGGAAGCAAUGUCGAGUCAGCUCGCGGAAAAUCCGUCGCCUUAUGAAGAAGACUAAGUUGCCCGACGCCUGGAAGAAGACUACAGUUGAAUUGGAGAAGGCAUUGCGUAAUGACAGGCACGAGAAGUUGCAUGCCAAGAAAAUCCACGCGGUUACAUGGUGCAAGGAGUUCUUAACUAUUCAAGUGAAGAAAUCGAAGAAAAAACAAUGGACAUCGCUCAAGGCUAGAGAUCGCUUUUUGAGGUUACGGCAAAUGAAGCAACACGAGGAGGCGAGAUGCCGCCGCCAUGCCCAGUCAAAAGGAUCUACCGGUGGUUUGCAAGCGAUUCAAGUUGAGGAGCACUUACAUACCGGACAAGUGGACCUUCGCACUCUCACUGACCGGAGACAAGGUGAGCAAGGGUGA